UGGCCUGUGGCGGCCGGCGGCCGGCUCUCCGAUGCCGAGCCGAGAGAUCGGCGCUGGCGACGGCCGCCGUCCGGACCCGCCGCGCUCAGUGAUCAGCAGACGCAGCGGCAGAGCCUCCGACCGGCGUCCGGACCCGCCGCGCUCAGUGACCGGCAGACGCAGCGGCAGAGCCUCCGGCGCCGCGCUCAAGGUGAAGGGAUGCUGCGGCCUGGACCCGACCACCGGCCGCGGCAAGCAGAUCCACCUGGCUCAGAUGCUCUGCCUGCCCUUCAUCCCCAUCAUGGCGCUCAUCAUCCAGAACGCAGCCAACAUGAUCAGUGUGCUGCAGUACCAGUACGAGAUGCAGGAGACCAUCAGCCAGGUUCAAAUCAGCACCGGUUUAGGCAACGUAACUGAGGCACUGCAGUCGGAGCGAGCCGAGAUCGCUUUCUUCCUCUUCACCAACGGCUCUGUGAUCCGGAGAAACCUUUCCGAGCACUUUCAGUACACCAAUCAGCUGCUCGACGACCUCAAGUGGCCAAAAUUUCGCAUCGGAGACCAGCUCUUCCAAAACAAAAUCCUUUUUCGCAUUCGACUGGACGAUUUCAGGGAUAAGAUAACUCGUUUUGAUACGCCUUCGAUUGACGCCGGCAUCCAAUUCUACAACCGAGCUAACUACAUUUUCCUCGACCAACUUACCAGGGAGAUCAAAGAGAAGGAUGCAUCAGGAGUUUGGCGACCACUGCUGGCUUACAAGAACCUGAUUCGCGCCAUAGAACACCUGGGCAUCAGCAUGGUGUUUGGCGAGGAGUACUUCGGCCGGGGUGACCUCGACCACAACAGCUACCUCAGCUUCGUCACCAACGACGCCCUCGGUCAGGACUUUCUCAACGCCAGCAAGAGCUUCGCCUACUGGAUCAAGGACAGGUACCAGCUGCUGCAGUACGACUACCCGUGGUACUCCAACAUCACACGGCGCAGGAAGGAGAUCGUCACCCGAGUCAAAAUCGAGCCCGACUUUGAAAAAGCCACCGAGUACUUCUACGCCAUGCUCGGCUAUCUGGAUUCCUUACAGAAGAUACAGUAUGAAAUCAGGGGGAAAAUUGAGAAGACCAUUCUUUCCGAAGUGCGCGCCUCCAACAGUCACGUGGUGAUCGGCAUCAUCCUGCUGGUGGUGGUGCUCAUCAUCUCGCCGGUCAUUAUCAUCCUGGUCAGGAAGGUGACGCGCACACUGCAGGCCUUCACUGAAACGUUACAGUACAAAACGUACGAGCUGCGCUACGAGAAGAAGCGUUCGGACAUGCUGCUGUACCAGAUGCUGCCGCCCACGGUGGCGCAGCAGCUGAAGCAGCGGAAACAGGUGUCCGCCGAGACGUACCAGUCGGUCACCAUCUACUUCUCGGACAUUGUCGGCUUCACCGAGCUGGCCUCCGAGAGCACCCCGAUGCAGGUUAUAUCUUUACUAAACGCCUUGUACAAGAUGUUUGACUCCCGCAUAGAAUUAUACGACGUUUACAAGAUAGAAACUAUCGGCGACGCCUAUAUGGUAGCCUCUGGCGUACCUCAACGAACACAAGAGCUGCGCUGUGACGACAGUCUGGAGCGUCUCAUUUUCACCACGCCCUGCUACAAAAUCAUGGGCCACCACCGACUCGGCAAGGACCACGCUGCCGAGGUGGCCUCCAUGGCGCUGGACCUGCUGCACGCCACUGAGAACUUUGUCGUGCCGCACAUGCCCGGCGAGCGGCUGCAGAUCCGCAUCGGCAUCCACACGGGGCCCGUGGUGGCCGGCGUGGUGGGCACCAAGAUGCCGCGCUACACACUCUUCGGCGAGACGGUCAACGUGGCCAGCAAAAUGGAGGCCACCGGCCAGCCGUUCAAGAUCCACAUCACGGCGGCGACUAAAGAGGCGCUGGACCGGGCCGGCGGCUUCAUCGUGAAACUGCGCGGCGAGAUGGAGAUCCGGGUCAAAAUGGCCGACUGGGGUCGCGCCGGCUCGCAGACUGGAGCCAUGGAGACGUUCUGGCUGAUCGGAAAACACGGCCGCCUGCCGGAGCGCCGCGUGGACUCGGAGCGCGAGGACGUCAUCGACCUGAUGGCCGAGAACCCGCACACGGACGCGCUGCGACGCGAGCGCCAGAAGAAGAAGGAGCAGGACAGCCACAAGCAGAGCGCGUUCGCCCGCGCCCUGGAGAGCCUCAGGAGCCGCCUCACCGGCUGACCUCACGGGUACUAUGGGCUGACACAGCCGCCCUUCCAGCCGGAAAUAUAGCGGGAAAACGAUAUUGUACAAAGACCAGCAGGGGAGUGAUGGCCCCGUAAUAAGUCCGUGGCUCUGUGUUGAUUGUGAUAGUGCAUUGUUACUCUCUUGGUGGUAACAGAAUAUGAAGGCAGCCGUGUCUUCGAGAGCUCACCUAGGAUAGAUGUGCUUUUUCUUGUUGCUAUGGCAAUUACUGAAGGACUUGGACGCCAAGCGAUUCGGCAGCAGACGUUUGCGCCGUGCGAGCAUCUUAUGGGUGUGAGUGUGUUGUAACGAGACACCGGGCAACGGACGGCGACCCUGACCCGCUCCCACCCACGUCGACGCACGGGGACACGGGCCCCUGUCGACGCCGCAGCAGUCACCGUAAGGCAGGCACCACAGUACAAACUGUGCGUGCGCUGGGUGUGACGUAGGUACGUCCGUGGUAAAAUGUCCGCCCGCGUCAGUGUUCUAUGUGCGCCCGUCGCUGGGAUGUCGUGCGCAGUGCGCGCUCAGAGGGACCAAGGAUGUCAAAUGUGUGUGUGUGUUUCACCCGACUAGUGUAAGUCUCGUGUACGGGCUCCGUGCGGCGCGUCUGGGGAACUUCGGUCACACAGCGGCGCAAUGUGUGACCCAAGUCCCCCAGGGUGUUCGCGAAUAUACUCUGUAUCGGAAACA